AUGGAAAGUUCAAAUGAGGAAAUAAAUAAUAAUUUUGAAAAUACUUCAAAAGUCAUCAUUUCAGAGAAAAACAAGGAUUUAUCUAACGGGUUAAUAAAUGAAACGAUUGAUGAAAAGCAUGAGGAAGAGCCCCAGCAAAAAUUAUCCAAAAAUGCCUUGAAAAAACUUUUAAGACAACAAAAAUGGGAGGAGACACGUGAGGCACGCAAAACGGCUUUGAAGGAAAAAGAUAGGAGAAAGAAGGAAGAAAAGCGGAAAGCCAAGAAAUUAGGUCUUUCACAGCCACCACCAAAGAAACCUAAAGUUGAACCAAUCCCUAGCGAUAUAAAAGUUGUUAUCGAUCUGUCAUUUGAUGAAUUGAUGACUGAUGUGGAAAUUUCGUCUUUAACCUCACAAUUAUCGCGUUGCUACUCGGCCAAUCGAUCAGCGACGCGUCCUGUCAAUUUAUAUUUUACUUCAUGUGGAGGUCGCGUUCAAGAACGAUUUAAUACAAAAUUACAAAAUUAUGUUAAUUGGAAAAACGUGAUUUUUGAAUCUAGGCCUUACUUGGAUUGUUUUAACAAGGAGGAAUUAAUUUACUUGACAGCAGACUCGAAUGAUUGUAUACAAGAACUAGAUGAACAAAAAAUUUAUAUAAUAGGAGGAUUAAGUAUAUGUUAUAAUAAGUCUCAAGAAGAUAAUAUUGCUUCAGCUCAAUUACCCAUUGGGAAUUAUGUUCAAUUGAGUACACGAAAAGUUUUGGCUGUAAAUCAUGUAUUUGAAAUUCUUAUUCGUUGGUUAGAAUAUAAAGAUUGGGAAAAAGCAUUUUUGGAAGUUAUCCCACAACGACCUAACAGUCAAUAUGAUAAUGAAACGUUA